CGGUGAGCGUCACGUGACGGACUCAGCUUUCCUCCAAUCGUUGUGCAUGUUGUGGAGAUUCCACCCAGGACCCGGCCCGAGAUUUAAAACACCCGAUUCUCCUGCCAGCCAAACGGGCCGUCCUCCCGCUCCCAGCUGGGCAGUGGGGACCUUCAAAGGUCCUACUCUGGAGUGGCACCGGGAAGCCCGGGCCUAGAACGCGCUCGGUCCCGGAAGUGACGUCUCCCAGAGGGGCCGGAAGUGGCAGUGGAGGGAGGGAAGAUGGCGGAGGUGGGGGAGAUAAUCGAAGGCUGCCGCCUGCCGGUGCUGCGGCGGAACCAGGACAACGAAGAUGAGUGGCCCCUGGCCGAGAUCCUGAGCGUGAAGGACAUCAGUGGCAGGAAGCUUUUCUACGUUCAUUACAUUGACUUCAACAAACGCCUGGAUGAAUGGGUGACCCACGAACGGCUGGACCUGAAGAAGAUUCAGUUCCCUAAGAAAGAGGCCAAGACCCCCACCAAGAACGGACUUCCUGGGUCCCGCCCUGGCUCUCCAGAGAGAGAGGUGCCGGCCUCCGCGCAGGCCAGCGGGAAGACCUUGCCAAUCCCGGUCCAGAUCACACUCCGCUUCAACCUGCCUAAGGAGCGGGAGGCCAUUCCCGGUGGUGAGCCCGACCAGCCGCUCUCCUCCAGCUCCUGUCUGCAGCCCAACCACCGCUCAACGAAACGGAAGGUGGAGGUGGUUUCACCAGCAACUCCAGUGCCCAGCGAGACAGCCCCAGCCUCAGUUUUUCCUCAGAAUGGAUCAGCCCGCAGGGCAGUGGCCGCUCAGCCGGGACGGAAGCGAAAAUCAAAUUGCUUGGGCACUGAUGAGGACUCCCAGGACAGCUCAGAUGGAAUACCAUCAGCUCCGCGCAUGACCGGGAGCCUGGUGUCUGACCGGAGCCACGACGACAUCGUCACCCGGAUGAAGAACAUUGAGUGCAUCGAGCUGGGCCGGCACCGCCUCAAGCCGUGGUACUUCUCCCCGUACCCACAGGAGCUCACCACACUGCCAGUCCUCUAUCUCUGCGAGUUCUGCCUCAAGUAUGGGCGUAGCCUGAAGUGUCUGCAGCGUCACUUGACCAAGUGUGACCUGCGACAUCCUCCAGGCAACGAGAUUUACCGCAAAGGCACCAUCUCCUUCUUUGAGAUUGAUGGACGUAAGAAUAAGAGUUAUUCCCAGAACCUGUGUCUUCUGGCCAAGUGUUUCCUCGACCACAAGACCUUGUACUACGACACAGACCCUUUCCUCUUCUACGUCAUGACGGAGUACGACUGCAAGGGCUUCCACAUCGUGGGCUACUUCUCCAAGGAAAAGGAAUCGACAGAAGACUACAACGUGGCCUGCAUCCUGACCCUGCCUCCCUACCAGCGUCGGGGCUACGGCAAGCUGCUGAUUGAAUUCAGCUAUGAACUCUCCAAAGUGGAAGGGAAAACAGGGACCCCUGAGAAGCCCCUCUCGGACCUCGGCCUCCUGUCCUACCGAAGCUACUGGUCCCAGACCAUCCUGGAGAUUCUGAUGGGACUGAAGUCUGAGAGCGGGGAGAGGCCACAGAUUACCAUCAAUGAGAUCAGUGAGAUCACCAGCAUCAAGAAGGAGGAUGUCAUCUCCACGCUCCAGUACCUCAACCUCAUCAACUACUACAAGGGCCAGUACAUCCUCACGUUGUCGGAGGACAUCGUGGACGGGCACGAGCGGGCUAUGCUCAAGCGGCUGCUCCGCAUUGACUCCAAGUGUCUGCACUUCACUCCCAAGGACUGGAGCAAGAGGGGGAAGUGGUGACCAGGCACAGCCCGUGGUGGCGCCAACAAAGCUGGCAGCCCAUCCACCCCCGCCCCAGGGCCCCCCAGGGGGACACUGAGGGAGACGGACCAGGCUGAGGACAGUUCCGGCCUGGGAAGGGCUGGUUGGUGCCCAGCACCAAAGUGAGCUCAGGUCAGUUCUAAGGCCAGCCGGCUGCAGGCCCGGGCCUGCUGUGAACCAAGGACCAGAGGGAGCCAGGGACGUGUACAGCGAGAUGGGGGUGGGGGCCUAUGUACAGAGGGUUUGGUGGCUGUAAAAAAAUUCGUAAAGUAGGAGUUGGGGGUGGGUAUUGGCUACAAAAUUCUGGCCUCUCGCCCCAGUACCUGUCCUGCCCCAUUCCCCCCGCCCCAUGCCCCCUUGCCCCUGUAAUAAACUGUUUCUAUGGGCCGGA